AUGGACCCGAAUCUGUACAGUCAUCGGCACGGAGGCCUGACCCUCUUAGAAUUAAUUGAUUGCCUAGAAGAAAGGGAUGUCACAGGGGAUAAUAUAUAUGUUACUCCCCCUCAAGAUGGCGAAGAUACUGAUGUUGACAGUGAUUUAUCCGAUGACAAACACUUCGGAAAUAUUUCCCAUUUGGGUCCUGCAAUGUUAAGAGUGGAGAGUGAGUUUGUUCCCGAAAUUCCUAACGAAGAAGCUGACGAAUAUGAGUCGGAUGAUAUUCCGCUGGCUACUUUAGUUCCCAAUGCAACUGCAAACUUGUUAAAAAAUAGUAGACCCUCAACAUCAAAAAAAAGAAAAAUGGAUAUUUGGACCCAACAAGAACCCGAUUUUCAAAUAAAUCAACCGAACAGUGCGGACGGUAGUCUGCCCUUAGGCAACGAGAGUACAGUAAAACCGUGUGUUCAGUGCAAAGUCGUUGCCCGGGCGGGCCUUAUUUGUGCCAUAUGUGGUACAGUUACUCAUACUAGUUGUGCCAAACAUUCAAAAAGGUGCUGUGGGCUCAUAUUGGGAGAAAAUGAGGAAGUCAUAGAAGAAAUCAGCGAUGUGAGUGCAGUAAACUUUAACCUCCUAAAGAUGUUGGUAACAGAGCUAAGACGCAGUAAUAAAUUGCGGUCCGAGAAGGUUGUUUUUUUGGAAACUGAAUUAACCAAAAAAGACGAUAAAAUUGCCCAUUUAUCAAAUGUAUCAAAAACGCCAAGUCAUGAAGAGGGACGCAACCCAGUUAGCACCUACGCCGGUAUAACUGCUACCAAUAACAAUGUAAACGUCACAGUAAGGAAAUCAGCAACCGAGAUAGUUGGGUCGGCACAUAAAGAACCCAAACAGUGCAAAGAAAAAUUAUUGAUUCAUGGACCUACUGUCAUAAAUUACGCUAUAAUACCUGUUGGACAACUCUCAGAAGAAGCUGCUCAAGCCAGAAAUAAGCAUUUUAGGCAGUACAGACAAAAUUUUUCCCGAAAAUUUACACGCCAGCAAUGCAACAGAGAUGUGUUGAAUAGAUUAUUACUGAGUUCGGAUCCAUUUUUAAGUGCUUCAAGGCCAAAAAUUAAGAAAAAAAGUAAGUCGUUCUCGAAAGAAUGUUUAAAACUAUUCGUUCCAGAAAACACUUUUUAUGGGCGUCCAACAGAAGAAAAGGAUGAAAAAGAAGACGAUAAUAAAGAAGAAUAG